AUGUAUCAAAAUUAUCGUAAGGGAACCAAAAAGGUAAAUGAACUAACCAAUGAUGGAAAAGAAGACGAAAGCGGAGAGGCAAAAGAUAAAGAGCCACCUUAUGUGCCUCCUCCACCAUACAAACCACCUAUCCAUUAUCCCCAAAGACUUAUGAAGUCAAAAAAUGAAGGACAAAUCAAGAAAUUCUUAGAAUUUCUGAAGCAACUUAAUAUCACUAUACCAUUCACAUAUGCCAUUACGCAAAUGUCUUCAUAUGCUAAAUUCCUUAAAGAGAUUCUAUCCAAUAAGAAAAAGCUUGAGGAUGAUGAAACUGUUAUGCUUACUACCGAGUGUAACGCUAUUAUUCAAAAUAACAUGCCUCCUAAACUGAAAGACCCAGGUAGUUUUUCCAUACCAUGUGUAAUCAGAAAGUUUAUCAUAAACAAAUCUCUAUGCGAUUUAGGAUCCAGUGUUAGUCUAAUGCCCUUACCCACAUGCGAAAAACUUAAUCUAGGAGAAUUAAGACCAACAAAGAUGUCUCUACAACUAGUUGACCGUUCCGUUAAAUUUCCCGUAGGUAUGCUAGAGAAUGUUCCAAUUCGUAUAAGAUAA